ACUCCCUGUUGCCCGACGGAUUUAUUUUGAUGCUGUACCUCAGUGAGAGAACACGUGAAUAGACGUGAACUCGUGUUCCGUUAAACACGAAGUUAAUAUUAGACACAAACAUGUUCCCUCCGUAUAGGCGGUUAUAUGGCGCGUGCUGCAGAGCUGCUGUUCCUGUCAGGUGUAAAACUGUUGCAGUGCCUUUUGUCCAGCCCGAGUUUCUGAAAGGAUCUCUGCACCGUAAACACCCCGGUGUGACAAACCUGAAAACUAUUAGACUUCCUGAAGAAUUGCACAGUGCGGCUCUGUCUGUUAUCUACAGUUCAGAGGUGAAGGACCUGUCUGAGCGAGCGCGCAAGCUGACAAACUUCCUGUGGAGCCGGAAACGAGCAGUGGAGAGCCAUGAGCUGAGAGAGAGAGCUAUAGAACUGGAGAAGAAAUGGAAGGAGCGGGAGCGAGGAACUGAAAAAAACCAUGAAUCCUUUGAAACUCGAAUGAGGAAGAAGGUUUUAUCUGAGCUGAAGAAGACAACGUACCACUGGACACCUUUAAAGUACGACAGGGACCUCGGGCUGGUGUACAUGGUCACCAGAUUAGCAGGUGGCUAUGCUGCAGUGAUGAGGGCUCUUAAUGAGAUAAAGAAGAGAGACUCCUCAUUCACUCCACACUCACUGCUGGACUUCGGCUCUGGUCUCGGCACAGCUCUGUGGGCUGCACACACACACUGGGGUGACUCUCUGAGGGAGUAUGUGUGUGUCGAUGCCUCUGCAGCCAUGAACAGUCUGGCCGAGAGACUUCUCACAGGAGACACUGAAGGAGAGGAUCCACUCAUCAAACACGUCUACUUCCGUCAGUUUCUUCCUGUUUCCCCGAAGGUUCAGGCUGAUUUGGUUCUUGCUGCUUUCUCUUUAUCUGAGUUAUCCACACAGGAAGCACGAGAGGAGACUCUUCUCACACUGUGGAGAAAAACUAACUCCUACCUUGUUUUAGUGGAAAAUGGAACAAAAGCAGGACAUCAGAUCCUAAUGGAGGCCAAAGAUAUUUUACUGAAAAGGGAAGAUAAAGUGAGUGGUGAUGUUCGGAGGCCGCUGGUGUUCGCUCCUUGCACCCAUCAGCUGCCAUGUCCCAAAUUACUCAAGCAGCCAGUCACACCCUGCAACUUCCUGCAGCCGUACUACCCACUUCCUGUAUCUGGGAGAAGUGAGAUUGUUCAGGAGAAGUUCAGUUUUCUGAUCCUGUCCCGAUCCGAGCUGCAGAAGUCAGAGUUGGUGCAGUGGAGCAGAUUAAUUUCUCCAGUUCUCAGGCGAUCGAGACACGUGCAGUGUGAAAUCUGCUGCUCUAACGGAGAACUCCAACAGCUUGCCGUUACUGCAAGGCAUCAUGGGAGAGACACGUACCGCUGCACUCGGAGCAGUGACUGGGGCGACCGACUGCCAGUCAUCCAGACGGAGAAACACACAGAGGGGUGAAAAGGGAGAAAGUGGGACUUGAAACUUAUCCAUUCACUCAGAGUUCUGCUAAAAAUACCUCAUGAGAUCCCUGAUGGUUCCACUGGUUCCUAUAUUUUAUCCAGAAACCUUUGCCGCACUAUUCAUGAACUUUAUAAACAAUAAACGUCAAUAAAGUUCUUAAUAUUUCA